UAUCAAUCAUAGUAUAACACAUACCCAUCAUUCACAGAAACACUCUCCAACACCAUAUGUCAUUUUCAUAAUAAGGAUACAUUUAAUAAGUUACCAUGCGAGCAGUCCGAUACCACGGCCGAGGCGAUAUCCGAGUCGAGGAGAUCCAGGAACCCGGGUCGUGCGGGGUGGGUGAGGUGAAGAUCAGACCUGCUUUCGUGGGGAUAUGUGGUAGUGACAUCCACGAAUACCUCCACGGCCCGUCGACCAUUCCGAGCACUACGCACCCCAUUACGGGGGAGAAGAUCCCCGUGACACUAGGUCACGAGUUCAGCGGCACGAUUACGGAAGUAGGGGAGGGAGUGAUUCGUCUCCAUGUGGGAGAUAAAGUGGCCAUUAAGCCGAAUCUGUUCGAUGGUGGGUGUGCGGCUUGUCUGGGGGGUUGGGUGAAUUGUUGUGAUAAUUUGGGGUUUGUGGGGUUUAGUGGUAGUGCUGGGGGAUUAUCGGAUUAUGUUGUAGUCAAGGAGCAUAGGGCUGUGAAGUUGCCGGAGGGGUUUGAGUUGGAUCUUGGGGCUCUCGUGGAGCCACUGACUGUGGCAUGGCAUGCAGUCAAUCGGUCUUCUAUUCAGAAUGAUAAUGCUCGUACGGCGCUGGUGGUGGGUGCUGGACCCAUUGGGCUUGCUGUGCUUCUGGUUCUCAAGGCCCGUGGCAUGGAAAACAUUGUCGUUGUGGAGGUCUCGUCGCAGCGGAGGGAACUUGCCUUUUCUUUGGGCGCUACGCGUGUUCUUGACCCCCGGGCUGACGAUGUUGUGGCCACGGUGCGUGCGAUGACGGGAAAUGCCGGAGCUGAUAUAGCAUUUGAAUGCUCUGCUGUGCAAGCAGGACUGGAUACCGCUUUGAAAGGGAUCCGGGCACGGGGCACAAUGACGGUUCUGUCUCUCUGGAGCGACAAGCCGGCGAUCGAUGCAUUUGACGUGGUACUAGGCGAAAAGCACGUGGUAGGGUCGGUGAUAUAUGAAGACGGAGAAUUCGAGGCCGUCAUCGACGCUAUGUGGUCAGGCAAACUCAACCCUCGGGCCUUAAUCACCAGUAAAAUCCGCAUGGAAGACAUCGUCGAAAAAGGCUUCAAAUCCUUACUCCACGGCCGAGACAACCAGAUCAAGAUCUUGGUGGACAUUUCGGCAUGAAAGUCCGAGACAUCCAGGGCGAGUAGGACGAGUAUUGAUCAGCUGCGGCUGGCGGUGUGUUGCACGACGUGGUCCAAAUCCAGAUACGUGUGUUGUUACUUGCAUUUUAGCCCGUGUUAUACAUGACAACAUCCUUACCAUGCACAGCUUCCCUCUCGUCCGAGGAUUGGCGUACUUCUUGAAGGCGCAGCACAGCCAGUUUUCUUGCAAUGCCGAGACCAGCAGAAGCAGACGUGUCAGCAAUGCCAAGGCAUUUCUUAAUCCGGGCACUCCGUGUCGUAGACUGGUCCGCCCGGGGAGGGGGAAUACGGCGCUAGCUAUUGUGUUGUAGAACGAAUCCCUGUAGUGUUGUCUCUCAGUAUCCAUGGGAAGAAAGUCCUCUAGAGAGGAGGCGAGGCG